ACCACCUGGCCCGCCCGCAGCUGCCGCGUUCACUCGCACGUCUGUAACCAUCGGGCGGUUCUACAGGGGCAAGGACGGGUACAGGACUGAUGAACGCCAGCCUUGUUAUCUAGAGAACGUGCUAUCUAGACAUCCAAAGGUUUUCCUGGAACGUCACGCGAAGGAAUCAUCUGCCUUCUCCGGGAAGUGUGGUAAGCACGGUGGCUGCAAUUUACGACGUCUGAGCCAGAACCGCCGGUUGUACAGUGUAGGUUUACAGGCGUGGAUGGGGGGUAUCACGAACCGCGAAGAUUUCCCCGUAAUCUGGCGGAUUGGAGUCAAUUAGGCGUAUUGCAUAGUCAUCACGGAAGGUGUUUAUACAGCAGACAGGCCCGGUUGGGGACUUACCGUGGCGGCGGCGUGUCUGUGGGCGGAAGGUGAGGCACACGGGGCCCGCGGGACACGAUGGGCCGAGCCGGAGGUGUAAAUGGACCUCGUUUCACAGGUUGAUAUCUGGUGACAACCGCAGUGGUCGCCCAGACGUAUUGAUCAGCGGACACUCGUGAACAGGGCGGCGGAACUAGCUCUCACGAGCAGAAGGUUGAAAGGCGUGCGAGCGUACGCCGUGUACUAUCAGACAUCGGAGCAUCACCUCAACCUAGCUACCCCCUGCAUUCAUUUCCCGUGUAAUCAGCUAUCUACAAUGCUUCUCUAAUACUAUUCUGGGUCCAUGUAAUCCUUUGACUCUGCAGUAUAAUUGGGGUGUUGCCCAGAAGAUGCAGCGUCUACGCUGAGGCUCGGACUGCAGUGAGCCCUGACUUCACCCCGCUCUCAGAUCCAUACAGGACGCUCUACAGAUGACUACCCCCGGCCUACUCUCUCAUCCCGUAUCUCAAAACAAAUUGCCAUAAUUCAUUCACCGGGCGUGGGGAGUUGAAAGGAUUUCUGUAGACCCUCCGAUGAGUUGGAGUUCCGCUGCCGGUUUCCAGUUGCAGUGGUAGGCUCCUUUGGGAAGCUCUGCAGCGGGGAAGAUGGAUAAUUGCCUGGGGCCGAUUCUACUUGUCUCCGUGACAUUGGCUCUACUAGGGGCUUCUAAGGAGCAGUCUGUAGGUGGAGUGCCGAGACUGGAGGCGAGAUCUGCCGCCACAUUCCCGGAAGACAGCCUCCCUCCCCAAGAGAACGACAGUAACGUGGAGAGCCGCCGUGAAUAUUACCAGCCCAUCUACAUCCCAUCGUACCCUCCCGGAGGAGGAUUCUGGGUAGAACUCGACCCCGGGGAACGCUGGGUAACCGUUGCCACGGGGCUUCCGGAAACUGAAGUGCAGGAUAAAAGCAUCAGAACGUCGUUUGACUUCCCCUUCUAUGGCCAUCCCAUCAGAAACGUGUCCAUCGCGAUGGAAGGGUUUCUCUCCAUUGGGUCUCUCCUGAUGGAGUCUAUGGCCUCCACCCAGUACAUCGCACCGCUCAUGGCCAACUUUGACGCCACGUUAGAUCCCAUGUCUGCAGUACGGUAUAGAGACAACGGGUCCACAUUAACGGUAGAGUGGUUCAGAGUUCGGCUGGAGGACAAUGUAGAUGCUGGAUCCUUCACUUUUCAAGUGACCUUGUGCAGCGAUGGACGAAUCAUCUUUGUCUAUAAAGAGGUUCCCAUCCCUACGUCCCGCAUAGACGACUCGUCCUACCCGGUACGGAUGGGGAUAUCUGAUGCCUACACAGUCGACAUCCUGCUUCUUCCCAUCGCAAAUGUACACAGAAAGACAGUAUACGAGUAUCACACCCUGGACCUCCAGCUACAGAAGGUCAAAAGUCGCUCGGCCUUCCUCUUAUCUCCACUCCCAACCUGUAGCCUGUUCACGGACUGCUGGAGCUGUCUGAGCGGGAGAAUAGGCUUCCAGUGCGGCUGGUGCGCCGCCGUCAAAAUGUGCUCGGAUGGAUAUGACCGCAAGAGACAACAAUGGGUGGAUGCUGGAUGUGACCAGGAGGCAGUGACCAAGAAGUGCGAAGAGGAAACGCUGCCACCAGAAACGUUAACAACCUCGUCAAAGCCAAAGGAACCCCCACCACCACGCCCACCUAAAGCCUUAGACGUGUCUUACACUGGGAGGGACGAGGUAGAAGAAGCAGGACUUAGGGGAGGCCUGGAAGCAGGCACAAGAGAUGACUUAAGCGCAGGGACAAGAGAUAACUUAGACGGGCCUCUACAAGUGGUUAACCCCAAAUCCAGCCGCGUGCAAAAUAUCGAAAAGAUCAAGGACAGUAAAUCGAGCGUCAAGAUGGCGGACGCAGGCGAGCCGAGCCAGGUCGUGCGCAGAUUCCGGUCUGCGCAGGCGCUGGAGACCGAGGUGAUCAUUGGGAUACUGGUUGCCGUGGUGAUUGUUGUCGUGGCGAUAGCGUGGAUCAUCCACGCCUACUCACGGAGAUCAACACCCGAGCUGGUCGUAGUGGAGUGGCGCCCACCAGACCCACGCUAGACCGUGGGGUACAGCCAGCUCCUGAGACGCCUUUAAAAUGUACAAAGACAUUCCCCACGAUACCAUCAGCUGACAGCAUCACUACCCAGCAGUAUGUCACAACACCUGAGGUAGAAUGGACGCCAGAAGCACUUUUAUGGACCACAUCUAAUCCCCCAGAUUGUCAUCCACAGUUUGAGCGACCAAAGCAAUAUGUUAGACCUCGCUUUAUUGAUGUCUAUGGCACAAUGAAGCUUAGCUGAUUCCAUUAACACAGAGCCCCUAAUAAAACAGCUUGUUGUAAGUCGUCCUUACGCAGCUUCUAGAACAUUACGUUUACAUCCAUGCCAUCGCUUUACCGUGUUUUAUGACGAUAAUAUGUACAUACCAACGAGAACGUACUGUAAGUCAGGUCCUGCAGCUUGUACCAUCCGCAGUUUCCGCGUUGGGUCGAGGAACGUGACGAUGAUAUUUGUCGUUAUGUCUAAAACACUAAAGACAGCCUACUGGUCAAUGUACAGUGCACAUUAAUCACAAAGUAUGUUUUCUUCUUGUUAAUA